AUGGCUGAUUCUUUUGAUUUAAUUGUAUUAGGAUGUUAUUAUGGAAAGGGAAAACGUACUGGUAAUUAUGGAGGAUUUCUAAUGGGGUGUUAUAAUGACGAAUUAGGUAAAUUUGAAACUGAAGGAACACAACCCGAUGUGUGGAUCGAACCCGAAGAAAUAUGGGAAGUAGAGGCUGCAGGGCUUUCUUCCUCUCCAGUGUACACCGCUGGAAGCUCAUCUCUAGGGAGUGGACUGUCUUUAAGAUUUCCUAGAUUUAUUCGAGAAAGAGAAGAUAAAAAUGUUGAUUCUUCCACAAAUUCUUCUCAGAUCGUAAAAAUGUAUUACAACUUAGAAAGAGGAGAGAAUUUUGAUUCAUCAGAUGAAAAAAUAGUGAUUGGAGAGAAUACAGAUGUAACUGAUCAGAAAAGUGGAGAGGUAAUGGAGAAAAGUGAAGUAGAAGAUAUGACAAAACCAUUUCAUUUUACACAACAAACAUCUUUGACAGGCAAAAUUUUGAGUGAACAAUUAGUAGAAUUAGAAGAAAAUGAGUAUGCCAGGUUAGAAGAACCAAAUGAGAUUAUUUUUAUAGAAAAUGAAGAAAAAAUGUCAACCAUUUCUGAACCUAAUUUUUAUAGAGAAGAUGAAAAUGAUGACACAGAGACAGAAGAUAUGCCAAUACAAACAGGUUAG